GUUGGGAAACAAAAUAUAUUUGUUUACGGGAGAGCCUUCCUUCUCUUAUCUGAUAUUUCCUCUUGUUUUCAAUGAUGAUGAUGAUGAUGGAGAGUCAAGAGGAAGCUGUUGUUUGUAACGAUCAGUUGCAGAUUAUCAAAGGGAAACGUAGUAAGCGCUCGAGGCAGCUCUCUCCUCUGAGUUUGGCGAUGGCUUCGAGCCCGACGACGAGUUCCAGUGGGAUGAACAGUGAUGAUUCGAGAGGGUUUGCAUCUCCUGUAACAUCUGUUGAGUUUGCAGAAAGCUGCACUGCGGAAGACGAAGACAUGGCUAAUUGCUUGAUACUUUUGGCUCGAGGGCAAACCAGAAAAUCUCCACCGCAACCCGUUUCUUUUGCGACGAGCAAGACGGUGAGUGGGGUUUAUGUUCACCAGUGCAAGACGUGUAACCGGUGUUUCCCUUCGUUCCAGGCGCUUGGUGGACAUAGAGCAAGCCACAAGAAGCCCAAGGUUGUUAACGAUGAAGAGGACAAUAAAGGGUUGGUGUUUAUGAAAGAGGAUGUUCAUCGGCCAUUCAAUAUCAUGAACACAACGCUUUCACUUCAGAUAACGAAUAAGCCUGUUUUAGGUCAUGGCAGCAAACCCAAAGUUCACGAGUGUUCCAUGUGUGGCGCCGAGUUCUCAUCCGGACAAGCUCUUGGGGGCCAUAUGAGGCGGCAUAGGUCAUUAAACAAUGUUCAGAUUCCGACUCCGACUCCGACAACAACGACGAGUGCUGGAACAAGGACUGUGAGAUCUGAAUCAGAAGAUAAGUCCAAGAAACCAAGAACUGUUCUGCAAUUAGAUCUUAACCUUCCAGCACCAGAAGAUGAUCAUCAAAGGGAAACCAAACUUCCAUUAGUUUCCAAGCAGGAAAAGCUACUGCUCUUCCCGGUUUCUUCUUUGGUUAAUUGCCAUUACUAGAAGAGCAAACUCCAUCUUUUUAGUCAAUGUUGUAUCAUUAACUCGGAUUAUUUUUCUCAUGAAAUAUAAUUCAUAAUUGUUCAU